GCCUGUUUACCCCAGACGACACCACCCAUCCGAUCGCACCGAAUAUCUGUGCGUAUGGCUAACUUUCAAAGAACAGGCAAUGAAGGAUUUCUGACGCCGGUGCCGCAUCCCAUACUGCAUCGACUUUUUUGAAACAGGUGUACGGAGUAUUGAACUUUUUUUUUUUUUUUCUUCUUCUUCUUUUGAUGCUCUUUGCUGUACGACUUGUCCAUGUAGCUCCCCUGCCUGCAGUUGCAAUGUACCGUGACAGGAUCGACAGGCUGGCGAUCGAGACAUGCUUGCACGAGGUACCCCGGCCCACGUUUCUCGGCCAGCGUUGGUGAUUCACUAGGUUAUUAACGUGUCGGUUUCGAUUUCCCUGGCACGAAUUUAAACUCAGCUAUCCUUGGGUUCUUUGACGGGUCCCCUGCCUGGAAGCCUCUGGAGCCCGGUCCCUCCGCGCGUGGGCGAUUGCGUGAUCUUCAGCAGGUCUCCAUAGCUCUCCCAGCAAACCCUGCUAUUUCCCAGACCCUUCAGCAGAUGGUUAUUAUUCAGGAUCGACGUUUCGUCGGUCGUGUUUUCUUCAUCCAUCCGUCUCAGAGCUAAUUUCUUUUUCGUGUUUCUCUUUGGUUUCGAAUGGAAUCUUGCUCACAACCUAUAUAUUGAUCUUGACUCGCACCGAUAACCACUUGACUUUCGCUGUUUGCCCGGCCGUUCCUCUCAAAUACCUGCUCGAUUCCCUCCCCCUUCGUCUCCUCCAUUUUUCUCUUUUUCUUUUUCUUAUUUUUCCUUCCCCCCCUUCUUUCAUCCUUGGCAUUUGUGACAGUCUGCGCAUGAUCACGCCGAUGAUGGGGACUAGAUAAAAACAAAUCAUCCGCGGAAGACUGAGCUUGGGCCCUUCCUGAUUCACCUGGCCUGCGGCUGGGUAUUAGCUGUUGGUCCCCAUUGAUCGUAUGCUGUGCGAGGAGAGACAACAUCUACAUACAAUACACCAUAGCAAGGUGUCCCGUGUUCCUUGUCCCAGCAAUUGAUCAUUCGGUCGGAAGCCCGGCAGCUGUAUAUCAUCGAGAUAUAAGAUCUCCUUAAAAAAGCUGCGGAUUUCUGGCAAGCUCUUUUUUGUCUUCGUUCUUCCCGUUAUCCCCCCAAUCGCGCUUUGGGAGCCCCCAUAGCCAUGGCUUCCCAGCCUUCCACAAAUGCCCAAAAGGUGGGCCACGGGCUAGCAAAGGUCCUCGGUAUCAAACUCGAGAAGCCAGAUGCCGACCCCGUCACUCGCGGGGAGUCCACAUUCUCCACGGGUAGCGGUGAUACCUUUGUCGAACAUGAGCCUAGCUCUAUUGAUUGGCUGGCGGAAUGCGUCCCCUCCGGUCGACAGGUUCUCAUGUUCAUUGUCAAUAUCUUCCCUUUCCUCCGUUGGCUCACUAGAUACAACGUCCAAUGGUUUCUCGGUGACCUUGUUGCUGGUGUCACGGUCGGAGCUGUUGUCGUUCCGCAGGGCAUGGCUUACGCAAAGCUUGCAGAAUUGCCUGUCGAAUUUGGUCUAUAUUCUUCGUUUAUGGGUGUCUUGGUUUACUGGUUCUUUGCCACUUCUAAGGAUAUCACUAUUGGGCCUGUCGCAGUCGUGUCCACGCUCGUUGGUCAUAUUAUAGUCAGAGUCCGUAUGGAACACCCGGAAUUCGAACCCCAUGUUAUCGCGUCUGCAUUUGGAGUCAUUUGCGGGGCGGUUGUGACCUUCGUUGGCCUCAUUCGAUGUGGAUGGCUGGUCGAUUUCAUUCCCUUGACCGCAAUCUCCGCCUUCAUGACUGGAUCUGCGUUAAGCAUUUCCUCUGGUCAGGUUCCAUCUAUGCUGGGAAUUACUACUUUCAACACCAGAGAUUCGACGUAUAAGCUCAUCAUAAACACUUUGAAACAUCUCGGUGACACAAAGAUCGACGCUGCCAUGGGCCUAUCAGCUUUGUUUAUUCUUUACGCCGUUCGCUCUGGCUGCACGUAUUGUGCUCGAAAAUAUCCGUCUCGUGCUAAGCUAUGGUUCUUUCUCGCGACCCUUCGCACUGUGAUUGUUAUUCUCUUCUAUACUGGAGUUAGCGCGGGUGUUAAUAUUCACCGACGCGAUAACCCGCGGUUUAGAAUAUUGGGAACCGUUCCUAGAGGAUUCCAACAUGCUGCAGUACCCGAUCUUAACCCAGGAUUGCUUUCAGCUUUUUCCGGAGAUAUCCCCGCCGGUGUAAUUGUUCUACUGAUCGAGCAUAUUGCCAUCUCCAAAUCUUUCGGAAGAAUUAAUAACUAUACGAUCGAUCCAUCCCAGGAGCUCAUUGGCAUUGGUGUCACAAACCUUCUUGGACCGUUCCUCGGUGGCUAUCCCGCAACUGGAUCCUUUUCCAGAACUGCAAUCCAGUCUAAGGCCGGUGUGCGUACACCAUUUGGAGGCGUUAUCACAGCUAUGGUCGUCCUGCUCGCCAUCUAUGCCCUUCCACCAGUCUUUUUCUAUAUCCCGAAUUCGUCUCUAUCUGCGGUGAUUAUCCACGCUGUUGGUGAUCUGAUCACCCCACCCAACACAGUGUAUCAGUUCUGGAGGGUUUCUCCUCUUGAGGUCGUGGUUUUCUUUGCCGGUGUUUUCGUCAUGGUGUUUACAAACAUUGAGAACGGAAUCUACACGACGGUCUGCAUGUCCCUCGCAAUCCUUCUCUUCCGUCUCGUCAAGGCUCAGGGUCAGUUCCUUGGCAGAGUGAAGGUUCAUACCGUUGUCGGAGACCAUCUGGCAGAUAGCGAUGGGAAAUACAAUGGAUGGGGCGCUGAAACGGGUCCGAGGAGCUCUGCAUUUAGAAAUAUCUUCCUUCCCAUCAGCCAUGCGGAUGGCUCGAACCCCGAGAUUGAAGUGGGGCAGCCAUACCCCGGCGUCUUCAUUUAUCGGUUCUCUGAAGGAUUCAACUAUCCCAGCGUUAACCACUACCUUGACCACCUUGUCUCUACGAUCUACAAGAAUACGAGACGAACAAAUCCGAAUAGCUACAGCCGGCCCGGUGACAGACCAUGGAACAUGCCCGGCCCUCGCAGAGGCCAGUCUGAGGAGGAUCGUUCCCAUCUACCAACUCUCAAGGCUGUGAUCCUCGAUUUCUCCACAGUCAACAACGUUGACGUAACAUCGGUUCAGAACCUCAUCGAUGUCCGCAACCAGCUCGACCUCUACGCAUCGCCUCAGCCCGUCCACUGGCACUUCGCACACCUCAACAAUCGAUGGACGAAGCGAGCCCUCGCUUCCGCUGGAUUUGGCUUCCAUACUCCCGCCGCCAAUUCAGGUGCUACGAGAUGGAAGCCCAUCUUCAGCGUUGCCAACCUGGAAGGCAACGCCUCCGCAGCCGCGCACGCCGAGUUCCUGGAUAAUGAGCGCGAGAACGGCCACGCAGUGUCUUCGAAACAUGAUAUCGAAUCACCAGCCACGGAAAGCGCCACUUCUACCAUUCAACGAGCUGGAGGCGUCAUUGGCGCUAAGAAUAGCAGCUCUGUGUCUGUGAUCGAGAAGGAACUGGUCACGGCCACGGAGUACGCGAAGCACAGGAUGACAGUUGUAAAUGGGGUGAACAGACCACUCUUCCAUGCUGACCUGACGAGCGCUCUGCAAAGCGCUAUUGCCAAUGCUGCUUCUAUGACAUAAUGAUGUCUUGUGCUUUUGUUUUGGUCCUUUUCAUUUUUUUUCUUGCAGUCAUGACGGUCUAUAAAAAGACUUAACUAGCGCUGGGUGGGAACCUUUUUUUCCCCUUGUUUCCUUUCUUUUCCUGUCAUUAUAGAUUUAAGUCUUGGAGAGACACCAGGGUGUAAAAUGAAUUUUUGG